AAUGGAUGGACUAUUGGUGAAAAACUACGUGUUACACCUGAUGACACUGGUCGUGUACCAGUUGAAGGAACAUUGAUUGCUGCAGAUAAUCAUGAAAUUGUAUUGCGACUUUCAGAUACAAAAGCAGGCAAUAUCAAUGCUCAUUUUCCUCAAGCAGGUUUCGAUGUCAUACGAGCAUAG